CCGAGACACUGAGCAGCAGCGCAAUGGCUUCCAUGGGGCUUCAAGUGUUGGGCAUCGCCCUGUCCGUUAUCGGCUGGCUGGGAGCGCUAGUCUGCUGCGUUCUGCCCAUGUGGAGGGUCAGUGCCUUCAUUGGCAACAACAUCGUAGUGGCGCAGAUCAUCUGGGAGGGAUUGUGGAUGAACUGCGUGGUGCAGAGCACGGGGCAAAUGCAGUGCAAAGUGUACGACUCUCUGCUGGCCCUUCCUCAGGAUCUACAGGCAGCCCGAGCCCUGACUGUCAUCGCUGUCAUUGUGGCCCUGCUGGGGCUCCUCUUCUCCAUCAUUGGCGGCAAAUGCACGAACUGCGUGGAGGAUGAAUCUUCCAAAGCCAAAGUCAUUAUCUUGUCUGGCAUCGUGUUCAUCGUGGCUGGAGUGCUCACCCUCAUCCCAGUGUCCUGGUCGGCCAACAACAUCAUCCGAGACUUCUACAACCCGCUGGUGGUGGAGGCGCAGAAGAGGGAAUUGGGUGCAUCUUUGUACAUAGGCUGGGCGGCCGCUGCGCUCCUGCUGCUCGGAGGCGCAAUGUUGUGCUGCAACUGCCCACCUAGGGAUCAGAAACCCUACUCUGCCAAGUACACCGCCGCUCGCUCCGGCGCAACCAGCAACUACGUCUGAGCGUCCAAACACGUGGGACUAAAUGACUUUUAUAUACUUAACUUUGAACAGACACUUGGUCAUCUGUCGCAGAGUCUCAUCACAAGCCAAUGUAUGGACACACUGAAGGACAUUUCAUCGCUUUCUGCCUGUUCUUUCCUUGGGCAGAAGUUGGCCCACAAUGGAGGGCAAGAGAAGCCCCAAUUGACAGUGAGCAGAGUUCCCUAUAACUGACAGCGAGCAGAGAUUUGCUGGGGGCUCAAAUGGAACUUUUGAAACGCAAUUGAUCUAUGGGGAGGGGUCGUAUAAGUUAGGUUUUUGGGUUGGAGUCCAUUUACUGGUCAUUAUCUACUAAAUACUUGGGUUCAACAGAACUUAAGCUAUUGGGGGUUCAGUACAAAAUCUGACACAUGACUAGCCCAAUGUGCCAUCUGGCAACACACAAACAGGCUUUCCAUACAAUAGUACUGAGUGUACUGAUCCAUAUACAGCAGCCUAACUGGAACCUUUAACAUUCAACUGCAGGUUCUUAUCCCAUUGAAAUGGUGUGUGUGCCAGAUGCAGUCAGCAUCAGUUAUAUCUGAUGGGUUAUGUUUAAAUAUUAUCCAUCUAAAUCAUGGAAUAUCUUUAGAUUCUAUUCAGGUCAAACUCAGGGAAAGGGCUACUCUAGAGCAGUGGUUCCCACACUGUUGUUGGGCUGGCAUAAUCUGGGGGGCAGAAUGAAGGCAAAUUAGGGUGGGAUUUGUGUAGAAUCCUUAUUUAUCCCCUUAGGUACGUCUUGAAGGUCAUUUACUCUCCUUGAUAUUCUUGUAACAAUGGCUGAUAUACCAAUGUUCCCCUAUAUCUGUAAUAUUUUUAUGGACUAAAGGAGUUUCAAAGGGUCAAAAAACAAACACUGUUUAAGAAUGACUAAAGUUUGGGCUAAGGAAAGGUUAAAAUGUGAGUGUCUGGGAUUUUUUUUUUUUAACUUGUGCUCUAAACAGUUUUUGCUUUGAUUAAUUGGGCAGGCAUUGGAAUGUGCAUACCAAUAGUAUGAAUUUGGAACAUGCCCCAGUUAAUUAACCACCUUCACUAUAACUACACUGCAGAGCCUGGGGCCUUCCAGCUAUUGAAUAACAGCUUCCAGAACCUGCUGGUCACUGUAAUUAAGCAGCAGGAGGGGCAAGGGUUGGGCAGACUUGCACUAGGGAAAUUCCUAUAUUUGAGCAAGUAGUCCUUAUAAUUCUGUUUAAACUUCUAGUUUGUGUGUUCCCUCAUUUUCCUUCCAGGUCAUUGUCUAAACAAUAAACCUGCUCCACAGCAUUUGUGCAACUGAACACACCUGCACCUACCCUUUUAUUUGGAUAAUUGCACCAUUUAACCCUAUGGGUGUGUCAGCACUCCAAAAGAUUCACCCAUCACCACUGUACAGCCUUUCCUUUGCUUGUUCUCAUGUAAUCCUUUGUCCUUGCCGUAAACAAAAUAAGGAAAAAUGAUUGCUAACCAAAUUCUAUUGGCUGCAUCUCACAUAGCUUAGUAUGAUCUUAUGUUUUUAGCAGAAGAGCCAAGUAUGUUUAUUUUGUUUUAAACCACUUUUUUUUUGUAUAUAUUUGUCAUGAUCGAUGCUACUAUUCAAAGUAACCUGUUUUCUAAAAUAAAUAUGAAACG